AAAAACGAACGUAAACUAUCGCAAAAUGAAACCGAUUUGGUGUAUUUUGUGCUAUGUUAUUCAUUUGAUAUCAGCAAACAAAUCGAUGUUAAGUCAUGGCAGUGCAUUUCGUAUUGCCGGUGGAACUGAAGCAGUCGAAGGUCAAGCGCCGUAUCAGUGUUCAAUGCAAAAAUAUGGGACACAUUUCUGUAAUUGUGCGAUCAUUUCGGACGAAUUUGUCCUAAGCGCAGCACAUUGUAUUGGAAAUAAACAACCAAAAAAUGUGGAUAUAGUGAUGGGAACAAAUGGUCGGAACGGUACCGUUUUCAAAGCAAAAAGAUUCAUUAAACACGAUAAAUAUCGAACGUCUCCGAGUUUGAUGUAUGAUAUCGGUUUGGUUGAGGUCCAAGGAACGAUUCAAUUUAACGACAAAAUUCAGGCAAUCAAAUAUGCACAGCGAGACACACAAGUUCCAGAUGGAACAACUUUAUUGGUGUCCGGAUGGGGAUGGCUGGGGAGUUUUAUAACUCCGCCAAAUAGACUGCACGUUCUCUAUGUGACAGCUAUUUCUUAUCAGCAAUGCAAAGAAUCAUGGCCAAAAGUUCAUGAGGGAUGUUUGUGUACAAUGAACAAAAUUGGAGAAGGCACCUGCUAUGGAGACUCUGGUGGACCAAUGGUUUGGGGUGAUACACUAGUCGGUUUAGUCAGCUAUGGAGAGCCGUGUGCGACAGAGUUAGAAACAUGCAUUUUUCGAACGUUGCAUUUUUGGACGCGAGAAGAUUGAACAAAUCCAGGAAUAAAAGUUAAUUAAAGAUUUACAAUUGAGUGGUUUGAAUUUCAAAUAAAUAUUUGCAUCAUUUUUCCACAUACCAAACACAAUUGAUUAAUGUAUUACUUGAUUGAGUCAUUUUUCAGUCAAUAAAUUAUACAUUUGUAAGGCGAGAAAUAGUUUAUAUAUGACACUGAAUGAAACGUUACAAAACA